AUGUCAUCAUCCAUUUGUCACAUGUUAAUAUCACUUCUUCUUUUUGUUUUUCUGCAACAUACCCUUGCAAUUAAACAGUCCUAUAUUGUGUAUUUAGGAUCACAUUCUUUUGGUUCAAAUCCUUCGUUACUUGAUUCUGAAUCUAUCACAAACUCUCACUAUGAUUUACUUGGAUCUUACCUUGGAAGUACUGAGAAGGCCAAAGAAGUAAUAUUUUACUCUUACAAUAAAUAUAUUAAUGGUUUUGCUGCAAUACUUGAAGAAGAUGAAGCAGCAGAGAUUGCAAAAAAUCCAAAUGUUGUGUCAAUGUUUUUAAAUAAAAGAUAUGAAUUACACACGACCCGAUCGUGGAAUUUCCUUGGGUUAGAGAGGGACGGUGGAUUUCCUAACGAUUCAGCCUGGAAAAAAUCAUUGGGUGAAGACAUCAUUAUUGGAAAUUUGGACUCUGGUGUUUGGCCAGAAUCCAAAAGUUUUAGUGAUGAAGGAUAUGGACCAAUUCCAAAAAAGUGGAAAGGAAUUUGUCAAGUUGCGGAAGGAAACCCAGAUAAAUUUUAUUGCAACAGGAAACUCAUUGGAGCAAAAUAUUUUUAUAAAGGAUAUCAGGCAACUCCCGGAGCGAAAAAUGUAACCUUUAAUAGUGCACGUGACCUCGAUGGUCAUGGCACACAUACUUUAUCCACUGCCGGAGGUAAUUUUGUUGCGGGAGCUAAUGUAUUGGGCUUUGGAAAUGGAACAGCAAGUGGUGGAUCACCAAAAGCUAGAGUUGCAGCCUAUAAGGUCUGUUGGGAAGGAUGUAGUGAAGCAGAUAUUUUGGCUGGUUUUGAAGCUGCCAUAGCUGAUGGCGUUGAUGUUCUUUCUGUGUCCUUGGGUGGAAAUGAUCCGCUAGAGUUUUUUUCAAGUGGUCUUUCCAUAGGUUCCUUCCAUGCAAUUGCCAACAACAUCACUGUUGUGGCUUCUGCAGGAAAUUCAGGACCUGAUACCGCGCCUGUAGUAAAUGUCGAUCCAUGGAUUCUUACAGUUGCUGCUAGCACAAUUGAUAGAGACUUUGCAAGUUAUGUCAUUCUUGGUAACAAAAAAAUAUACAAGGGAGCUAGUCUUUCAGAGUUGAACUUACCACCUAACAAAUUAUAUCCAUUGAUAAGUGGUUCAGAUGCCAUGUUUGAUGAGAAGAAAUAUUUGCUUGAUGAUGCCAUGCGUUGCGUAGAAGGAUCUCUUGAUCCCAAAAAAGUUAAAGGAAAAAUACUGGUAUGUCUUAGAGGGGAGACUGGUAGAGUUGACAAGGGUGUGCAAGCUUUACGUGUAGGUGCUAUUGGAAUGAUAAUAGAUAACUUUGAUCAGGGGUACGAAGUUAUAGCAGAUCCUCAUGUGCUUCCCGCUACGCAUGUUUCCUUUAAAUAUGGGAAUUUCAUUAAUAAUUACAUCAAAGAAACAAAGUCUCCUGUGGCUUUCAUUACUAAAGUUAAAACACAAUUGGGUAUAAAGAACACUCCAAUGAUGGCUUCAUUUUCCCCAAGAGGCCCAAAUAUCAUUGAUCCCUCAAUCCUUAAGCCUGAUAUCACUGCACCAGGCGUCAAUAUAAUUGCAGCUUAUUCUCUAGCUACAUCUCCGACAAAUCAACCGUCUGAUAAGCGUAGAAUUCCCUUUGCUCCUCUGUCAGGCACUUCGGUAUCAUGUCCUCAUGUUGCUGGACUAGUUGGACUAAUUAAAUCUGUUCAUCCUGAUUGGAGUCCAGCUGCUAUCAAGUCAGCAAUUAUGACCACAGCAACAACAAAAACUAACAACGGAGUGGAUAUAUUGGAUUCAUCACUAGAGAAGGCAACUCCUUUCGAUUAUGGUGCAGGGCACAUUCAACCUAAUCUUGCGGUGGAUCCUGGCCUUGUUUAUGACCUUAAUGUUACUGAUUAUUUGAACUACUUAUGUGGUCGUGGAUACACGAGUGAUAAACUUAAAGUGUUCUACGACAAACCUUAUACUUGUCCAAAAUCUUUUAGUUUGGGAGAUUUCAAUUAUCCAUCAAUCACAAUUAAAUCUGGACAGUCUUUGAGUGUUACUCGUACGCUUACCAAUGUUGGAUCCCCAAGUGAGUAUACAGUGGAGGUCCAAGAACCCCCACAAUUUCUAGCCACAGUUGAACCUAAGAUAUUAAGAUUUACACAUAAGGGUGAAAAAAGAGAGUUCAAGGUAACAUUCACUAAGAAGUUAAAUGAUGUAUUUUUCACUUAUCAUGCCUUUGGGAAGUUGAUUUGGACCGAUGGAAAGCAUCGUGUUGGGUCUCCUAUUACAAUAUCGUUCCAAGAUUAGGUUGAUAUUUCAUGCAUGCACUUUGAUAGAGUUGUGGCUCUCUCUUUUUUACCUCUUUCAAUAAAGGCACAUGUUGUGUUAUGGUUCUUCAAAGGUUGUGAUAAUAUUCUUCUUUUAA